CCCAUCCCCGCGUCCUCGCGCCACGCCACGCUUCACCUCGUCCUCCGCCCGGCCGCCGCCGCCGCCGCGGCCAUCCCCACAUACGCCAGCGCCUCAGUCCGCCCGCUUCCGACGUGCCCCGGUUUCUUCCGCGCCGGCUGGCCGUCCGCCGUCAUGCCUGCCUGCCUUCAGAUUGUUCGAUCCAGAGUCUAUGUUAUUCCCCCAAUCCGAAUGGCUGCCCUGCGGAUCUGCAAGCGAGGUGGUGCUCCGGAGCCCAGAAGAGGCAAUCUUGCGGCUGGGAGCGCGGGUCAGUUUGGAUCGGAUUCGGUUGGGUUCAGUUCUUGGGUGCUGCCAAUCAGCGCCGGAUAUGCCGUGGACCGGAGACAAGCAGCUGGUGGAGCUGCUACUUGCCAUGGGCUCUUGUAUGUUGGCAGUGGAAGGAGGAAGAUUUAUCCGAGGGCAAGUUUGGUGAAUGGUGGGGUUUCCUCUCUGGAGGACAGUGGCAGCAGGGAGUCUACGCUAUGCGUGUCUGAUCCACCUGAAGAUGCUAGCUUCAGUGGAAAAUUAGCACCGUCUCGAGACGUGGUGGAUGGCAUUGGUGGUAUUUCAAGAAGUUCUGCAGGAAAGAAGGGAAUGAAAUUCAGGAGGAGAGUGCAGGGUGGAAACAAACUGGCACGGUAUACUGCUCCGAGGCGUUCCAAUGGAAAGAGUGGGCAAGAUAAGAGAGUUUUCUUGAGCGAGGAUGAUAUCAGUGCAAUCUUGUCCAGUGUUACAUAUGAAUCUAGCAUCGAGGAGUGCAAUUCUGUUCUCAUACGUCUCGAGAAGCACAAUGAUAAGACAGCUCUUCGUUUCUUUGAGUGGAUGAAAGCUAAUGGCAAGCUGAAGGGAAAUCCUGAGGCAUAUCACCUAGCUCUUCAAGCGAUUGCCUGGAAGGAGGACUGGGAAAUAGCUGGACAGUUGCUUCAUGAAAUGGUUGCUGAUUCAGGUUGCACACUGGACGCUCAAGCAUUUAAUGGUCUUAUAUAUGUUUGUGCAAAAAGGAGGCUUGUUCCUUGGGGGACAAAGUGGUUUCAUAUGAUGCUUGAAAGAGAGGUGCAGCCUAAUGUGUCUACAGUCGGUAUGCUUAUGGGGCUAUACCAGAGAACCGGAAACCUUCCGGAAGCUGAAUUUACUUUUGCAAAAAUGAGAAACUGUAGCAUUAAGUGUAUUAAUGCAUACUCAGCGAUGAUUACUUUGUAUACACGGGCAGGCCUUUUUGCCAAGUCUGAGGAGGUUAUUACUCUGAUGAAAUAUGAUGAAGUAGUUCCAAGCAAGGAAAAUUGGUUAGUGCGUCUAAAUGCUUAUAGUCAACAAGGCAAAAUGGAAGAGGCUGAAUUGGUAUUAAGAUCCAUGGUAGAUGAAGGAAUCGACCUGGAUGUUGUGGCAUACAAUACCUUAAUUACAGGUUAUGGAAAAGUUUCUGACAUGCAGAAAGCAAUGGAAGUGUUUAAUAGGCUUAAGAGUGCAGGUUUAGCUCCUGACGAGACAACCUAUAGAUCAAUGGUUGAAGGUUUAGGUAGAGCAGACAAAUACAAAGACUCAAUUUUAUACUACCAGAAACUCCGAAAAUCUGGAUUUAAACCAAAUGCAUCCAACUUUUAUACAAUGAUUAACCUACUAGCAAGACAUGAUGACAGUGAAGGUGCAAAAGAGAUUCUUGAGGACAUGAGGGCAGCAGGCUGCCAGUGUUCAUCAAUUGUCACUGUUCUUGUCCGGGCAUAUGGAUCAGUAGGAAGGAUGCAUAGAGUUCUUCAGAUUCUACAAGCAUGUUUCUACAAGAAUGUUUUGUUUGAUGCCACCUCAUGCUCUAUUUUAGUAACAGCAUUUGUUCAACAUUCUUUAAUAGAAGAAGCUCUGUGUGUUUUGCGUGAAAAGAAGUGGAGAGAUUCUGAUUUUGAAGACAAUCUAUAUCAUACGUUGAUCUGUUCUUGCAAAGAGGCUGGCAGUUGUGAUGAUGCUGUCAGGAUAUACAAUCAGAUGCCUAAGUCUGCAACACAUCCAAAUCUACGUAUUUACUGCAGUAUGAUUGAUGUUUUCAGCAUCAUGGAUAGAUUUGCUGAUGCUGAAACUUUAUAUGUUGAACUGAAAGCAUCGUCCUGUGUUCUUGACAUGAUUGCCUACAGCAUAAUUGUGAGGAUGUAUAGUAAAGCUGGGCGACCAGAAGAUGCCUGUUUGGUUUUGGAAGACAUGAAGAAACAAAAUGAAAUAGUUCCUGAUAAGUACCUUUUCCUUGACAUGCUUCGGACAUACCAAAAAUGUGGCCUACUCGAGAAGUUGUCUGAUACAUAUUACUGGAUACUAAAGAGUCGAGUUGAAUUGGAUGAAGCCAUGUACAACUGCAUUAUAAACUGCUGUGGUCGGGCAAUACCAGUUGAUGAGCUCUCAAGGAUUUUUGAUGAAAUGAUCCAACAAGGGCACUUGGCCAAUACUGUCACCCUCAAUGUGUUGCUAGAUAUAUAUGGCAAAGCCGGUCUUUUUAAUAGGGCUGAAAAGGUAUUUCUCAUGGCUCGUAAGCAGGGGCUGGCAGAUAUUAUAUCAUACAAUACCAUCAUUGCUGCAUAUGCAAAAAAUGGGGAUUUUCGUAGCAUGACUUAUUUUGUCCAGAGGAUGCAAGAGGCAGGAUUUCCUGUUUCUCUCGAGGCGUACAAUUGUAUGCUGGAUGCUUAUGGCAAGACAGGACAACUGGAGGAGUUUGCUGCUGUUUUGCAAAAAAUGGAGAGAGCAAGAUGCGACCUGGAUCAUUAUACUUACAACAUUAUGAUCAAUAUAUAUGGGAGAAGGGGUUGGAUCGAAGGAGUUGCAAAUGUUCUUGCAGAGCUAAAGAGUCGUGGUCUUGAACCAGAUCUGUACAGUUACAACACAUUGAUAAAAGUAUAUGGGAUAGCGGGAAUGCCUGAAGAUGCUGUUAAAUUGAUGCAAGAGAUGAGGCUUAAGGGCAUUUCCGCUGAUCGAAUAACUUAUACUAACCUCAUAGCGGCUCUGCAGAGGAAUGGAAACUUCCUGGAAGCAGUUAAGUGGUCUCUCUGGAUGAAGCAAACAGGAGUUGCAUGAUACAUGUGAGUGGCAUUGUACAGAAACAAUUUCUGAUUGUUCUACAGUUUCUUCUGUGGGGACUGGGGGAUUCAGAAAUUCCAUUCUCUUGCUAGAUGAAACUCAACAAGUGUAAAUCAAGAUAGGAGCUUUUUUUGUCAUACCUUUCAUAAAAUUGUAAUUUGUAAAUUUACCCAAACUGGUCUGAGCUUCUGAUAAUGGAUCAAAGAUUCAGUGAAAAACCCAAGCUGCAUAUCCUCUGUGCCUCUCCUGUUUUGUGAAAUCCGCGUGCUUUUCUGCUGUAUGAAUUCGGGCAACAUUUCCGGCAGAGGCCGCGCGGUGAGACGAUGCUCUAGAAAUCCGGGAAGCCUCCAUCCCGGACGCCUCUCGCCGGCGGGCUCAGCACUACGCCGCCGUGUCCUGCUCCUGCCCCGGCGCGCGCCGCCGGGCGGAGGUGGAGGACACCACCGUCGUCUUGCAGCGCGACGAGGCGACCUCCUAGCGAACAAUCCCAACGCUGCCUGCAAACAGCCAUCAUAAAUCUACACAAGCACGCUGGGAUCUCAUCGUCUCGCCGUUCCGAGAGCACUUCAGGUGAUCAAAGAGAAUAGACAAAGGUAAAUUGACCAUUUACACUGUCUGGCAUCUGCCAAAGAAAAAAGAUUAUCAUUUGAAAUUAAACUUUGCCUCCUUUUCAUGUAGUACCUACUGAUGUUGUACCGGCAGGUACGAAAAUGGUUAGGAUAUGGAUCAAUGUAAAUUUUUUUUAUUGAGUUCAUGAAUAAUUGUUA